UCAGAGCCUGUAAGAUCCGCGGUGUGCUUCUGUUUUUUCUACUAAUCCAUGACGAGCCUCCUCUGACCAAACCCCGUAAUCAACACAUAAACAAACAACACUGGACAAGUGACAAUGGCGAGCAGACGGGCCUCGGUGUCUUCCUCAUCGGCGGGUCUGGAGGCCUGGUUCCCCGCGCCCGGUAGCGCGGAGGACGAGCCGGAGCUGCGGCGGCUUCGGGAGCGGCUGCGCGGGUGGCUGUCGCAGUGUGAGCCCGCGGUGAUCUGCGCGCAGCGGCUGCUGGUGUGGGAGAGGCCGCUACACAGCAGCAUCGCCGCGCUCGCGCUCAACACGCUGUUCUGGCUCCUGUCGUCCACAUCUCUGAGACCCUUGUUCCUCCUGAGUGUGUGUCUCAUUGGACUGACGUUACUGGAGAGAUGGAAAAGCAAGCUGCCGCAGAUCACCGUGUGGAAUCCAGAGGCGUCUGUCGUUGAGAGAGAAACGCUAAGUGAGCAUCCACGUUUGUUAAGCAUCGAGGAGCUCAGCCGUCAUCUUGCAGAGAGUUACCUCACCUUCAGGCUUUACAUCCAAGAAAUGCUUCAGUAUAAACGACAAAACCAUGGCAAGUUCUGCAUCAUGAUGUGUUCAGGAUGUGUCCUGCUGGCUGUGGUUGGACAUUACGUUCCCGGGAUUAUGAUCUCCUACAUCAUAUUGCUGAGUGUGCUGCUGUGGCCGCUGGUAGUUUACCAUGAGCUGAUCCAGAAAAUGUACACCGGACUGGAGCCCAUACUGAUGAAACUCGACUACAGCAUGAAAGGAGACACACAGCGCCGCAAAUACGACAAGAGAAAGCUAAAGAAGGAGCAGGGAGAGGGUGAUGAACCGGGGGCAGAGACGGAGAGCGAGAGCGAGAGCGAGGAGGAGCUGUCAUGUUUCGCCCCUACUGUGGAUGUGAAGACUACGGCUCUGGCGAUGGCCAUCACAGACUCUGAGCUGUCCGAUGAGGAGGCAUCCAUACUGGAGAGUGGAGGAUUCUCUGUAUCCAGAGCCACUACACCACAGCUCACAGACGUCUCUGAAGCAGACCUGGAUCAGCAGAGCGUGCACAGUGAACCGGAGGAGGCGUUCACUAGAGAUCUAGCGGAGUUCCCGUCGGUGGAUGAACUGCCUUCUAUUGAAGCGGGGCUGUUCCAUUUCCCGUUGGGUGUCCUGGGGUCCAAGCAGACGGCAGCGUCCGGCUCCGAGCUCCAGGAGGAACCGCUGUCUCCUGCCAGCCUCCUCAUCCAGCACUUAGCAUCUCCGCUCCACUUUGUCAACACGCACUUCAAUGGACACAGACAAGCGGUGGGGGCAGACCAAAGCAUUGUGGGUACUGAUAAAGAGGGAAGGGGAUUGGCUGAGGAUGUUUCGAGACCUGCUCGGUCCCUGGAAGCCCUUAGUGAGGAGAUAGUGAGCACGGCCAUCUCUACUGUAGUACAGAACACUCUCUCAGCCCUGUUGCGAUCUACGGAGGCUAGCGAAGGCGAAGGAGAAGGAGACCUGGCUUCGUUUCUUCCCACUGAAACGCCUCCUUGUCUGAUUGAAUCGUCCCUCGAGUCACCAUCAACCCAAGAAGCCAGUGUAGAGGAAGAGGAAGAGGAUGGUGACGUCACCGAAGCAAGCACAGAAGAGCAACCAGAUCUCACGCUCGUACCCGCGGAGGAAGAGGACUUUGAGCUUCUGGACCAAAGUGAACUGGAACAAAUGGACGAGGGGUUGGGCCUUGGUGUCGAUGGACAGGAAGUGGGCGUGGCUUCCACAGAAACACCCCCAAGCAGUCAGCAGCACGCUGCCCAGCAUGAUUCUUAGCUUCCAAUCAUCUAAACUGUUUAUUUUAUUUAUAGGCUUUGUAGAUACCAUAUACUGACAAAAGAUUUGUGAAAGGGAAUGUUGCGGUCAUCUAUGCCUUUAUUUUGUCGUUAUCGGGAGCGAGAUCACUGUGAUUGUUGAUGGGAUUUUGAUUCCUCCUGCGCAGGUGAAUGUCCAAAAUGUAAAAUGUAUGACACAAAUCCUAAAAGCUAUGGUAAGAAGGUUUUUUGACAGAUCCAAAUAGCCUUCAGCCUCAACUCAGAUUUUAAAAGUGAUUUAAAAUAAAUUGUUUUAAUCAUUUACUGUAUCUUUUGUCAAAGACCACAUGUCUGCGACAGAUGACAAGAGCCCUCUGGUUCAUCAAUCCCACGCUGAGUGUUGUUAUAAGUCAUGGGAACAAGCCAUUUGGGCUGAAUUUUAGGACUGGAAGGAAUUUUAGGACUGUGGAAGGAGAGGAUGAGCAGGAUAUGACUGAAGACUGAAAACAUUGGUUAUGUCAAACAUUUAUUUUCAUCAUCAUAGCUAACCUAAUAUAUUCUAUAAUAUAUUCCUAUGAAAUGGAUGGUUUUAUUUAUUAAAAUUGGUUAAAGUGAAGAAUAGAAAAUAUGCCUCAAAUAA